AUGAGACACUCCAUCGACCUCGUCUGCUCGGAGCGAAGUGAGUGUCACUACGAGUAUAGGCGAGAGGUACUCUUCAAUGACAUCCACACUAGCCUAUGCAUACAAUUGCGCCAUCGAAACGUAAGCGUUGAAGUUUUAUCAUGUGAGAAAAUCGACUUCUUUUGGACCAGAGAAACAUACCAUCGAAUGGACUGUGUUACAAGAUGGCCUGGAAUGGGAUCUUGUCGUAGUGACAGAUGUGAAUCCAUGAAAUCCACCGAAAUAAUUCCUGAGUUGAACGAUAGCGCUCCUUACCCAGGAUAUUGUUCGUGUUCUACACAAUGCAGCGGCAUCAGAUGCAUGUGCAUAAUCCCUUGGAUUGCUCCAUGGCGAGCUUGUACCUCCUAUCGCAUCUCGCAUAUUCCAACGACUUCUCAAGCAUACGAAGUCUUCGAAUGUGCUGCGUGGAAACCAACAGUCACGCUCAACGUUACAAGAAAGUGGCUUCAUUUCAUUGCACCAUACUACACAAAGGAAUUCGCACAAUUCAACUCCACCGUAAUUUCGGUACAGACAUCCCAAAUUGCCCUCCAUCAAAAAUACGCACAAGGAGACAAUGAAACUCUUGUUAUUCCAAACGAACACAUUUUCCCCGUAAUGUGCCAAAAUUACGAGCAAGCGGUUUCCAACUUUUCGCAAUAUAUCAACACACGUUACUGCGACUGCGAGGUUGGUAGCAGCAUACCCACGUGUCGCUGUCCGUAUAACACAUUGGUAGAACUCCGUAGCAACAACGAUUACAUCUUAUCGAAGUCAAAUCCGCACAUUACGGUAUAUGGCGCACAGAGAAAACUCUUUGCAAAAUAUAACAAAGGAGAAACAACAGUAGCAAUCAUUUCAACCACCAAACUAGAAAGCGCACAUCUGAACAUUGAUUCACCGUGUUCAAUGGAUGUCAAAGAGUUGAAAGGAUGCUAUAAUUGUGACCAAGGGAGUUCGCUCGAAAUCGCAUGUCAAGCGAGCAGUGUCUCAUGGGCAACAAUUGACUGCAUGAACAACAUAUUCUCAAUCAGAUGUAGUCCCAGUACUACAAUAACGUCUGUCAAGCUAGCAUUCGAUAGAGCUGUAAUAGACGGCUAUUGCCGCACAAACUGCGGCGGCAAAAAUGUAACAACAAAACUGCGCGGUAUACUUCGCUAUGUUACCCACUCUGGCGAAGCGGAUAUCUUCCUCAGAGCCACAUCCACCAAUGUGCCACAGCUUGACUGGCUACGCGAUUUUCAUCUACCGGACAUGUCCCCCAUGUGGAUGAUCUUGUUUGGGCAUUGGAAAGUCACUCUCGGAACCAUAAUAACUUUGGUGUUGCUUAUCAUACUCACCUAUCUUUUUGGUCCGGCGAUAUUACUAGCUCUGGUUAAAAUGAUAGCUGCAAUCACUAUUUCUCUCGGCAAAUUGGCCGUUCACUUCCUAGAGCUCACCGUAUCAUCACUUCGAACUACAGUACACCAUGUCAAAACAGAUAUACAAGCAUAA